AUGUCUCAAGUCGACCGGUCUGAACCGCGGCCCUCGACAAACGCUACCGUCAAUGAGCCUUGGGCGGACAGUCUCGGAAUUAUGGACAAGAACCAGUACUUGCUGACGCCUAUUCGGACGCGGUUGUUUCCGAAGGCUAGCCCGGGUGUCUUGAGGAACAUCUUGCGAACUCCGUCCUUGCGCGCCUUCACUCCCGACCAAUCCGUUCUGCCUGAGGAUUCGUCUCUUCUCGGGCCACCUCUCCAGAGCAUGAUAGACGCUGCUUUAACUGAAGCUGCCGAGUCUUGGAUCCGUUCGAAAGACACCUGCGACUCGGACGAUUUACUCGCCAAUGACCAGUCGGCUGCUUUCCCGCCGUGCCCCGGUUCUAGAUUUCUGCUCCCCUCGCCGCCACCAAGCACCGAGCUGCCCUCCCUCGAGUCUUUCUGCCCGCCGGGUCCUGCCGCCGAGUCUUCACCGGCUAACCGUCUAGAAUUCCACGACGCUAAGCGACGCUCGCCAUCUUUGGACUCUCGCAGAUCCUCCUCGCAGGGGCGCCGCUCGCCUUUCCUCGAGCUCAUUCCAUCUGGCCUUCGCGCAGCACCCUGCAGGCCUCUGCUCAACACCCGGCCCGCAGUCCACGACAAGUCCCCCGCGCUGUCAUCGGUGCCUACCGCGCGUGCCGCCCGCGCGUCCGAUCGCCGUGGCGCAGAGCACGCCCACCGUGGCCUCGCGUUCGGGGUCGUCCGGGACUUCCAACGCGUGCUGGACGAGCUGCAAGGUUUGGGGCACAAUGCGUCAGCCAGCGUCGAUGAUCGUUCGGACGCCGAGCCGUUCGCCGUCGCACAGGCUCCGUCGCCUUCUUUGGACGCCAGCACUGCGUCCCGGGACUUGCUUUGUGGAGCACCUGCUAGGCGACCGCUCGAUACCUCUAUGGCGGCCACUCAGGCUCAGCGUGCACCGCUAACCGACAGGAAGGACGCUCCACCCAGACAUCCCGCACCCGAUAGCUUCCCUUCUGGUGGUACGCUUCUAGGACACAUGGGCGACAGAUCCCAGGCAUAUCGCCGCGCUUCGCAGGCUUCUUCCGCGCCGUCAACCCCUUGUAACGGGUUAGAAGAUGAAUUUAUCAGCCUGCUCCUGAGCCAGGCUGCGGAGGAGGAGGCCCAGGCUGAGCUGCUCAGGACUGUCGCGGACCGACUGGGCAACAUAGCAAACCGCAAGAGACACUUGGCGAGAACGAUGACGACGAGAUGA